AUGUCAGCUGCGCUUGAUCUCAUCCAGCAAUACUCCCGGACUGCUCUGGCGCAGUUACCCGCCCCGGCACAACAGUUACUGCAGAAUCCCAUCGCGCAAAAAGCUGCUGGAGCACUUCUGGGCCUGAGAGCUCUGCGCGCGAUCAAUAACUCGCUUUCACAAUGGACAUCCAACAACUGGACAUGCAAUCAACGUUGGGAUUCCUCAAAAGAACUCGUGCUCUUGACGGGAGGCUGCUCCGGAAUCGGUAAACAGGUCAUGGAAGAUCUUGCACAAAAGGGUGUACGCGUGAUGGUUCUGGACAUCGUCGAGCCUACCUUUGAGCUCCCAGCCACUGUCUCCUUUUACCGCACCGAUAUCACCUCGUCUGAGAGUAUUGCCGAGGUCGCCAAGCAGAUCCGAAAGGACCACGGCGAGCCCACAGUCCUGAUCAAUAACGCUGGCGUUGGGAAUGAGGGAACGAUUUUAAGUAAACCCGAGGCUAAAAUUCGUCAGACCUUUGAAGUCAACACAAUAUCCCACUUCCUCACAGUGCGCGAGUUUAUUCCUGCUAUGAUUCGCGCAAAUCAUGGCCAUGUCAUUACUGUCGCUAGUAUGGCAAGCUUUGUUGGUCUUGUGGAGAUUGCAGAUUAUUCCUGCUCCAAAGCUAGUGCCUUGGCCUUUCACGAGUCUUUGCGUCAGGAAUUGCGCCAUUACUAUAAUGCGCCAAGAGUACGAACCAGUAUCAUUCAUCCCUACUGGGUUCGUACGCCUAUGAUCAAGGUUCUCACAGAUCAUGAACAAUAUUACGGAGAGCCCAUCAUGACGGUGCAAGAGGUGUCGGAUGCUAUCUGUAAGCAAGUAUUCACCCAGAACAGCGGGCAGAUCAUAAUUCCUAGUCGCUUGGCCAUUGGAAGUAUGCUGCGUGGCCUUCCAACAUGGGUUCAAGAACUGGCGCGCUCAAGAGAGUCGGUUAAGUUCCUGUACAUGCGAACCCAACAGCAGAGGAUAGAGCGUGAGGCCAAGGAAGCCCAAUCUACGGAUUAA